AUGUCGCAAGAUACUGGUUUGUUCAGUAUCAGGCGCCCGCGAGAGACUCUUGGGAGUGUCCAGAACUAUUCUUCAAUUCCCCAGCCGGCCUCGGCCAUGAAGCGCACGAGCUCCAUUGGCUUCAAUAACCCCCCGUUCACCUCGCAACACGCCCGACCGAACUCCCUGCUCAACUCAGCGAGCCGCCCUCAGCAACCAAACUUUGCGCGUUUGUCGAUGGCUGGCCCCGAGGCUGGACUUUCGUCUGUACGCCGAUCUGUGUCGAGUAACAUGUUCCACGGUGCCAGCGCUGGCAGGCAAAGCUUUGCGCCCGGUUCCCUUUCGUCCAAUUCUGCAUCGCAGCAGAACCUGCAACGCCGCAGCAGUGUCUUUUCGCGACCGUCCGUGGGUGGACCUAUGGGCCACCAGUCAUUCUUCAAUUCGGUCCCUGCUGUUGCUGGUGUUCCCAGGGACCCCCGACCACUUCGCGACCGAUCUUUCCAAGCGCGUAUCGGACAGGAGCUAUUGGAAUACCUGACUCACAACAAUUUCGAAUUGGAGAUGAAGCAUUCCUUGGGACAGAACACUCUCCGCUCGCCAACCCAGAAGGAUUUCAACUAUAUCUUCCAGUUUCUCUACCAUCGCAUUGAUCCGGGCUACAAAUUUCAGAAAGCGAUGGACGCUGAAGUACCACCCAUUCUGAAGCAGCUGCGAUAUCCGUUUGAGAAGGGCAUUACCAAGUCUCAAAUUUCGGCCGUUGGUGGUCAGAACUGGUCCACAUUCCUAGGCAUGCUACACUGGCUGAUGCAACUGGCGCAAUUGAUGCAACGAUUUGAUAGCGGAGAGUAUGAUGAGGCGUGUGCUGAGGCUGGGGUUGAUGUUACCGGUGAUCGAAUUAUCUUCCGCUUCCUUACUGGAGCGUAUCACGACUGGCUUCAAGGUGGUGAAGAAGAGGAUGACGAGACGGCAGAGCAAAGAUUGGUACCCCACAUUGAGGCCAUGUCUCAAGAGUUUGCCCGCGGUAAUGAGCGAUAUGUACAGCAAAUGGAAGCGUUGGAGGCAGAAAAUCAGACGCUCCGUGAGCAGAUGGAGGAAAUGGAGAAGAAUGCGCCGGACAUGGCCAAACUGGACAAGCAUUUCCGCAUCUUGGAGGACGACAAGAGGAAGUUCGAAGACUACAACCAGAACGUCAAAGGGAAAAUCGAGAAAUACGAGACUCGAAUCAAAUUCCUUGACGCAGAAAUCCAGAAGAUCGAUGCCGAGCUUCAAACAACGGAAAGUGAGCGUACCGAGCUCCAGGCCAGCGUCGACCGGCAAGGCAUCACUAUUCAAGAUAUUGAUCGCAUGAACACGGAACGAGAGCGGCUGCAGAAGAACCUUGACGAUACCGUGAUUCGUGUGGAGGAGACGCACGCCCGCAUCAUGGACAAGGCGGCCGAGGCGAGCCAUAAAUUGGAGGAUCUGGAGCAAAUUGUCAAGGCGUAUAAUACGCUUGGCUACCAGACAAGCCUGAUUCCGUCUUCUGCCGAGAACGCCAAGGGUCAGGAUUUCGAGCUCAGUCUCAAUGUCAAUGAAAACAAUUUCUCCACCAGCCAGAUCGGAGGUGCACCGAACCGGAUGUCGUCAGAGGGCGAUCGUCUCUUGGCCGAGCCCUACACGGGCUACCACCCGGCGCAUUUGCUCAAUCUGGACCUCCGGGGUUCCGUCCGCAAUAAUCUACAGUCGUUGCGCAAGGAGAUCAACGAGCGGCGGAAACAAGCUAUUGACGACGACCUUGACCGUCGCAAUCUACUCGACAACAUUAAGGAGGCUAUGGACGAAAAGCGCAGUGAGGUCGAGGCCCUGGAGCACCGGCGCCGGGCGGCCGAGGAGGAGUUCGAACGCACCAAGGAAAUUACCACCACUCAGAAGACGGCGUCAGACGCCCAGAUUGAGAAGAUGGAAAAGGAACUGGCCAAGAUGCGAGCAACGCUUAGCGACAGCGUCCAAUUGAUGGAGCAGCGCGAAAUGAACACCAACAUCGAGUAUGAGCAGUUGACACUUCGGGCCAAUGCCCUCAGGGAGGAGCUGCACACCAACGUGGAAACGAUGCUCAACGAUGUCAUCCGCUUCAAGGUCCAUGUCCAGAAGGGCCUGGAGGACUACGAGAGCUUCGUGGUCGACGAAGUGGAGCAGGAGCUGGGCGGCGACUUACCGGCUAGCGAGGAAGAGGAGCUAUGA